ACAGUAAUGAAUCCGACAGAGAUACAAAAGAAAAGAGUGGUCAAAAAGCAAAUGAAGCCACUUAAAUUCCUUGUGAAGAAACGAAAACCCCUGGAAAAACACCAAGCAAAGGCAAAGAAUACUUUUAUGUAUCAAAAUGUGUACAUAUACAUAUAUACAUUAUCAUCAUAGAUAGUAAACCCUUUUACAUAUAUACACCAAUCUUUAUCAUUUUGGUACGCCUUACAACAUCAGACCAAAUUCUUACAUACCUAAAUCUUUAUCAUUUUAGUACGCCUUACAACAUCAGACCAAAUUCUUGCAAAAAUGUCUAGUACUUUAGAAUCAAGAACACAAAUAGUUAAACCUUUGCUAGUUAAAGCUGGAAUUUCAGCUCUUCUUUCUGCUGCAGCCUACAUGGGUGCGAAAUUGAUCGCUAAACGUUCAGUUUAUUCACAAGAAAAUUGUCAUCUUGACAGUCUUAACACAACUUCUUUUAAUCAAUAUCAAGAAGAAAGACAUAAUGCAAGUAUGCAAAUCAUUGAGAAUAAUAGUACUAACUUAGAAGAAAAGUUACUAGACCUAGAAAUCCAUAUCGAAGGUCUUCAGAAGAGAGAAAGGGAUUUGAAGAGACAGUUACUUCAAUACCGAGCAAUGAAGGAAAAAGAGUUUAUGUUGAUGGAGAUAAGGUAUAAAAUGAUGUUAGAAAAAACUCGAGCCGAGUUCAUGUUGAGAGAGGUAAGCUCAGUACAAGAUGAGAGUCAAAGAAUGGGAAGUUUGAUCUUGGAGUACAUUAGAGUUGUGAACAAGCUUGAAGAUUGUAAGAAGGGAAAUGGGUUACUUAUGAAGAAAGCAAGGAAGUUGUGCAAAAGAGCAAGACAAAGAUUGAAGAUAAUAAGGGAGCAAAAGUUGAGGAUUGAAGCAAGAGAAGAGGUAUUGGCAAGUAAUCAAGAAGAGCUUCAAAGAAAAGAUGAUGAUAUUCAAGAAUUUGAGGAUAAAGUUAGUCAAAUGAAAGAGGUUAUUGAUCAUUUGCAAAGAGAGAAAAUAGAAAUCUCCAACAACUUGGAUAUUGCUCAUAAGUCAUAUUCCUUAAACCCAAAGAAUGAAGUAGCAAUCCAUAUGACAAAGGAGGAGCAUGAAAAGGUCCUAAAAGAACUAGAACAGCUUCAGAAGGAUAGAGAAGUAGAAGCAAAUGAGUUAGCAUACUUAAAAUGGAGCAAUGCAUGCUUAAGGCAUGAAUUAUUGAGGUUUCAUGAGCAAAACAAAGGCGAAAACGAGCACGAAUUUGAGCUUGAUGAUCAGCAGCAUAUCGAAACAGAGAACUGUAAUUGCAACGACACAACAUUUUCAGCGACUCAUGAUGGUACAAAUAUGAUAAAUCCAUCAAGAAGACGCAGGUUUAUUCAGAAGGUUAAAAAAUGGGUUGAAGGAGGGAAAAUGGAUGAAAAAGAGAAGGAUGAAGUCAAGUGUUUUGGUAAGGCUUCUGUUCUUGAAGAGGGAGCAGAAGAUAUGUUUGUUCAUGGAAGGAAGUCUUGCUCUAGUGUUUGAGUGUUUAAUAAACUCCAUAUUUACAUUUGUAACUAAUUGCCAACACUGCAAAUUCUGUGGUUAGUUGUUGAACAAUAUUUGAUUCUCAAUGGACAUGAUAUUACAUUAUUACAUUAA